AUGCAACAAGGCACACGGCCACAAGAUAUGUUUCUAACACGUGCGCUUGAGAAAAUCUUGAGCGAUAAAGAAAUUAAGAAGGCACAUCAUUCCCAGCUGAAGCGAGCCUGUGAGGUGGCACUCGAAGAACUGAAGAAAGACAGUGAUAUUCGCAAAGAUGACAAGCUGUCCUCUGCCCUCCCCAUGCCUAUACAGGCUGGCUUUGUGGAGGCAGACAAAUACUUCAUGCCAUUUGAAUUGGCAUGUCAGUCAAAGAGUUCUCGCAUCGUAAACACUGCACUUGACUGUCUCCAGAAAUUAAUUGCAUAUGGCCACCUGACAGGAAACACCCCGGAUAGUACAACUCCAGGAAAGCGUCUCAUUGAUCGUAUUGUUGAGACAAUAUGUGGCUGCUUCCAUGGACCCCAAACAGAUGAAGGUGUCCAGCUUCAAAUUAUAAAGGCGCUUUUGACUGUGGAGACGUCCAAUACAUGCGAGAUACAUGAGGGGACAGUACUCCAGACUGUACGCACCUGUUAUAAUAUUUAUCUGGCCAGUAAAAACCUGGUUAAUCAGACGACAGCCAAGGCAACACUAACACAGAUGCUCAAUGUCAUUUUCAUGCGAAUGGAGAAUCAGGCGAUACAGGAGACCAAACAGAGAGAACGAACAGCUAGUAAAUUGUCAACAAAAAGAGAUGAAGACAGAGACUCUCCGAAAUCAGAAACACAACCAGAGAAUGAUGCAGGUGUCGGUGAUAUGGAGACGCCCAGGGAACAGGUGAAUGGCCCUGACUCAGGAGAGGAAAAAAAAGAUGAUGAAGAAAUGACAACAGAGCAAGUUGUUAGCAAUGUAUUGGAAGACAUACUGGACAAGGUCACUCAAGUUCAAGUUUCACCUCCUCCAGAAAAUGCUGAGCCGAACCCUGAUGCUCCAGAAUUACAAGGGAGUGCUAACAAUUCAGUUUCCUCCCAGUCUUCCCAGAAUGCAACAGAACCUUCCCAGAAUGCAACAGAGACUGCUCCAUCACUCUCGGGGAGUAGCAAAUCAGGCAGUUCUUUUGGUAAUUGUGUUGUUCAUACAAAGUUUUGUUACUAG